AUGGAGGGCAAGUUCGUUUAUGAGGUUGAAGGGUUGAAGAAGUCACCACUCUCGUUGCCGGUCCGAAUCAUGCCUCGCGUCUUGAGCAUUCAGUCACAUGUCGUAUCUGGCUAUGUAGGAAACAAAUCGGCCACGUUUCCGCUGCAAUUGCUUGGCUGGGAAGUUGAUGCUCUAAACACUGUUCAAUUCUCUAACCACCUAGGUUACGGUCUUCAUGGUGGAAGCAAGAUACCAGUCGAGCAUCUUAUAAGUUGCAUCGAUGGUCUUGAAAACAAUGAUCUUCUCACAUACGAUGCGCUUCUCACCGGCUUCACGCCAGGUCCUGAAGGCAUCGAUGCCCUGAUUUACUCUAUCAACAAAAUCAAAGGAAAAAAUCCUAAUGUGACCUAUCUCGUGGAUCCGGUUAUGGGGGAUGAUGGCAAGUUAUACGUUUCUGCACAGGUCCCGCCAAAGUACAAAGAACUUUUGAAACUAGCAACUUUAGCCACACCGAAUGAAUUCGAGGCACAAAUCUUGACCGGCCACCCUACCAGGACCAUCCCCGAAAUUCGAGCCUGUCUUCGAGCUUUCCAUGAAAUUCAUGCUCUCGAGCACAUAGUGAUCACCUCGAUCUCGAUCCCGAUCUCUUUGGUUGCACAUUUGGACGAUCUACCUGCCCCAGAUCACGAAGGCAAUGUGUUGAUCUGUGUAGGGAGCACCAAAGACACCGAGCCUUGGAUGAUUGUUUUCCCCAAGAGAAGCAAAAGAUUCGUCGGGGUCGGUGAUCUAUUUGCGAGUAUCCUCCUUGGCCGAUUGCUUUCAACAAAGCCAAUCGAUUUGUCUCGGGCUGCCGAAUUCGCACUGGCUUCAACCCAGGGCGUCAUGGAUCAAACGGAUCUCAUUUCCUCCCGCGAUGUUCCAUCUGAUAGCACCCUUUCUACUCAAGCUAUCAAAUCCCGUCAUUCCGAACUCAAGAUCAUACAAAGUCGGGAUGUGAUUGAAAGUCCGAUAGUCAGAUGGAAGUGUCGCAGUUUUUGA